UCCUGAGGUCCGUACUGAUCAUGGGCUUCAGAGUACUCCUUCGUGAUUCCGCAUGACAUGGAGACUUUGAUCGACUUUAUGGGCGGUCCAGCCACUUUUGAGGCCCGGCUAGACACUAUGUUCAAACCCAAUCUGUCAGUUCAGAAUCUUGGUGCAAACGGGGCCGGCAUAACGACUCUGAUGAAUAUUGGGAAUGAGCCCGAUUUCGCAACACCGUAUCUCUACAACUAUAUCAACAAACAAGCGAAGAGCGUCCAGAUGUCCCGUAGCCUGGGACUGCAAUACUUCAAGGACGCUCCCUAUGGAGUCCCAGGAAACAGCGACGCAGGAGCCAUGAACUCCUGGCUCGUGUGGCAGAUGCUUGGCAUCUACCCAGUGGUCACCCAACCGGUCUACCUGAUCUCGUCGCCUUGGUUCCCUGACCUGAACAUGACAGUCAACGGGAACCAGACACUGAGGAUUAAAGCGACGGGGUUAGACCAGGGCUAUUAUGUGCAAAGCGUCAAGAUCAAUGGGAAAGAGUGGACAAAGAACUGGUUCGAGCACGAGGAACUCAUGGUCCAGGGCGGGACUAUUGAGUUUGAAUUAGGCUCUGAGAUAAAGCACUGGGAGACGGGUAGCGUGCCACCGUCGCCGGGACAUGUGCAGUUGUAAGCUGCCGUGCAAUUGCGUGCCGAGUGGUCUCCUUAGGGCUCGCUCACAUGACCUCGCCUGACCUUUCAUAGAGCCAGAUGGGUCCACACUCUUUACCUGUCAUUAGACUACCACUCAUAGGGAAGUGAUAAUAACAGCUGCUUUGAGCCUUAAUCUGCUCUGUGGUCAUCUUUUCGAGGGGGACAGGGAGUAUCAGCGAAGCCUUUUACAGGGCUUCGUUAUGUUCGCUUCUAGAUGUGGUCACAAUUGUCCAAUCAUAAUCGUGUAUCUGUAAUAGUAAAAGGGAAUACACCGCAGC